CAAAAGGCCAGCCUUGGGCGUGGAGCGGGACGCCAGACGCAGCUCGCUUGCUUGUUUGGGCGCCCCGGCGUUGCUAGAGAGAAGCAGCCCUCGCGGUGUCUCAGGCGAAGCAUCACUUCUACAGACAUCUACACACACCAUGGCAAACAGAGGACCAGCCUAUGGCCUCAGCCGGGAGGUUCAGCAGAAGAUCGACAAGCAGUAUGACCCUGAACUGGAGCAGAUCUUGAUCCAGUGGAUCAUGGCACAGUGUGGCCCAGAGAUCGGGCAGCCGCAGCCCGGCAAGGAUGAGUUUCAGAAAUGGCUGAAAGAUGGCACAGUGCUGUGUAAGUUGAUCAACAGCCUGUACGCCAAAGGCCAAGGCCCUGUGGCCAAGAUCCAGCCUUCCACCAUGGCCUUCAAGCAGAUGGAGCAGAUCUCGCAGUUCCUGAAGGCGGCAGAACAUUACGGCAUCCUCGCCACCGACAUAUUCCAGACGGUGGACCUGUGGGAAGGUAAAAACAUGGCCUGCGUGCAGAGGACCCUGAUGAACUUGGGAGGCUUGGCUGUUGCAAAAGGCGACGAGUUCUUUAUGGGAGACCCCAACUGGUUCCCAAAGAAGUCUCAAGAGAACCGCCGUGCUUUCUCAGAGGACAAGCUCAAAGAAGGGCAGAGCGUCAUCGGCCUUCAGAUGGGCACGAACCGGGGCGCCUCUCAGGCGGGCAUGACGGGCUACGGGAUGCCACGCCAGAUCCUUUGAGCCCCAGCGCCGCUAGAUCCAUCCUCUUAACUUUUAAAUCUCUCCAAAAGCCUUAAAUGGGGGGAGGGGCGCUGUUUGAGGCGUCUUGGUUUCUUUGCGCUCACAAUUGCCAGUUUGUGCCCUUUCUUAAUUUCCUCUUACCUGAUUCCAUUAGGGGCAUUUUUGACUGGAGUAAACUCUGUUUCCCCGUGAUUUUUUUUUAACCCCUGGAGUAUUUUAAACCACGGGUUUUUCUUUCGUGCCCCUGACCAAACCUGCUGGGACCAAGGAAACCCCUCUUCUCCCCCCCCCCCCGUCCCCCGGUCCACAGGUAAUGCCAAAAUGGUGGUUCUAAGGACCAAAUACCUCUUGUUUGGAGCACUUCCGACCUACCGCUCACAUUCCAGCAUUUGGCUUCAUAGCACAGGCUCCCUGUUUUUAACAGUAGUUUUGGGACCAAAAUAGCUGCUUUCUGGGGCUCCAGGUUAACAGUUUGCCUUGCAGGCAAAUCGGCAUCUUAAUAUCUAGAAAUCUCAUUCCAGAACGCUUUAGCUAACCCUCUAAAAGGCAAAUCUGGGAAGGGAGUCGAGACGGUUAUCGAACUCCACUUGGCGGGGUGGGGGGGUGGAGCCAGCCAGUCAGUUGGCAAGAUUGCAGAGAAGCAAAACUGUUUGGACCCUCUUGGUGCUAGGUUCAAAUCCUCCCUUUUUAAAAAAAAGGCUGCUGGGGGAGGGGGAGGUAUUGGCCAAAAGGGAUUUAGCUAAUCGGCUGUCUUUGCUCUGACAUUGCCUUCAGGUUCCAGGCUGGCUGUGUUCCACUCCUCUCUCCUCCCCCUCACACCUUGGCAAACGUUUUCAUUGGUCACUCCUGUGGAAUUCUGGUCUUUGAGUGCUAGGCGCUGCCCAAUCCCUCGUGCUUGGUGGCAGGCGGGGGGAACUGCUCCAGCGUCCCCCCUUCUUGGGGCAAAGGCACAGCUGUUAACCUGAACUCUCAAAAAAAAAUUCAUGUGGCAUUUUUGACUGUGGAAUGUGCUCUUGCCUCAAGGCCUCUGAUAAGGAAUAAAGAUUGCUCAAUCCUUGUUUAUAA